UAAACAUCAAUCCUGAAACUUCACAUUACCUUCGAUUCAAAUACUAUCACUCCACUGCAGCAUUAUGGCCAAGUUUCAAGUGAUUCUCGUGGUGAUCGGUCUCAGCAUGCUGGCUCUGGGUGAGGCUCAGCAGCAGCGUCAACAGCGUUACACUCAACGUUACUUGAGUCGUGGUCGUUCCAAAUAUUUUGCACGCCAGGAAUUGGCACCGGUGCCGGAUGCCGAAGCCGAUGCCGUUGUCACACCAUAUCCUUCGGCUGAUGAACUCAAGCCAGAGGUGCCAUUCGAUGAGACGGCUGCUGCUCCAUCGGCUGCCGAACCCACACCAGAUGCUGUCUAUGGGCCACCAGAUGCAGCCCCCAACAAUGUCCCCGAUGAGGUCUAUGGACCACCGGAUGUGACAGCAAAUGAUUUGCCAGCUGCUUCUGCUGAUAUUCCUGCCGAUGCUCAACAGGCUCGUCUGGUAGCUGCUCGUGGACGUGGAGCCAAUUAUCGCCGUGCUGUUGUUCAACCUGUCUAUCGGCGGGCUGUCUCUGCUGCGGCACGUCCGGCCAAGCUAACUGCGGCAACAGCCAGCCGCAAUGUCGUGAGGCGUUUCUAGAAAACAGAUUCAUUUGCAUACUGACUGCUCAGUUCUAGAAGCAGUUGUAUGGCCAAAUGUUGGCCCGGUACAUACCCGAAACCCAUGACGAUCCAAUGACGCCAACACAAACACACACAUACACACACACACACUCGCACUCACAC